CGCGCACGCAGCCGAGACCGGAGAAGCAAAGCGGCAGCAUCGUGUCGGCUGCGCGCACGCAUCUGCUGUCACUGACCAAAAAGACAGUUUUCUUUUUAGUCACGAAUAAAAACAACAACAAGAAGAUAAAGAAGUCGUCGAACAAGUUGAAGCGACUUUGUUUUGGACUUACUUGUGAAGUUUCUCGGGCAGAAUAUGAUUUAAACGCCGACGAGCAGGAUGAAACUUUGCUUCCUGCAAACCUUGCGUGCCAUGUUGCUAUUGUGGUGGUCCUUUUUCUGGCCCGGCAUGCUUGGGCGGUGGGUUGUCUCCUCCGAGUCAACCAAAGUCAACUUCUCAUUGGAACACAGUCUCCCGACGUUCACCGCUGAGUUCCCAGUACAGAACAUGGUAUCGCUGGAUGGCGUCGUCUACGUGGGCGCCAUCAACCGUAUCUACGCGCUGGCGCCCAACCUUACUAAGCUGUCUGAGUACCGCACAGGGCCUCUGCUGGGCAACGAGUCCUGCGGCUCUGGGGGUGUCGGUGAAAUGGAUAACCACAAUUUAGCCCUUGUGGUUGAGAAUAUGUACGACAAAGGCUUGUUCAGCUGUGGCUCGGCGGACAACGGCGUGUGUCGCCGCCACGUCCUUGACGACGAUAUCAGCCCAAAGACAGUGGAUGAGGACGUUUACUGCUUCGCUGACAAAGUGUUCCCUGGCAGAGGCAUACCGGCGGAUGCCGACGUAGUGGUUGGCCCAUCAGGCUCGCAGGUGCUCAGCGUAGAGAGCAACGUCAUCCAUUUCUUCGCGGGCAACUCAGAGAUUCCCAGCUCGGGGAGUCUGCCAGAUGCCAUGACUCGCCCUCACACCCUCUCCCUGAGGAAGAUGAAGACUAGCCAAGACGGGUUCACCUUCUUCUCUGAACUGUCCCACAUGGAUCUGAUCCCGUCGCUGCGGGGGAACUACUACCUGCGCUACGUUCACUCCUUCCACAGCGGGCCCUAUGCGUACUUCCUGACGGUGCAGCGAGUUAGCCGGGACUCGCCGGCCUUCCACACACGGAUCGUGAGGAUGUGCUCCUCGGAUUUGGUCAUCCGCCGCUACGUGGAGAUGCCGCUGGAGUGCAUCAGCACCGACAAGCGGCGGCGACGCUCGGCCGAAUCCCGCAAGGUGUUCAACCUGUUGCAGGCGGCACACGUAGCCAAGGUGGGCGAGGAGCUGCAGCGUCACUUCCAGAUUGAAGAGGGAGACGACGUGCUUUUUGCCGCCUUCGCCCGUGGAAAGCCCAACUCCAGCGAGCCCACCACCAACUCUGCUGUGUGUGCCAUCAGUAUCAAGCACCUCAAUAGCAUGUUUCGAAUGUACAUGCAGAGGUGCAACACCGUGGACCCGUACCAUUUCACUGGUUCAGAUGGCAAGGCAUGCUACAACGUGAGUUCGUCAGAUGAAUGCGACCCACACGAGGGUAUCCAAGAGGGCAAGGAAGGAAAAUAUCGUCUACAGGUGACCCAGUUUGUGCAGCGUCUGGACUACUUGCACAAAGAGCUCACAGGGACUCUAGUGACCUCUAUCAAGGUGCUUCCCGUCCACGGACAUGCCGUCGCCUUCCUGGGCACCGCCGACGGACGCCUCAUUCAGGUGCGCUUUUCCCGCUUUGCCUCGCCACACGUCAGCCUGCGCUUGGACUCCCGACCCGUCACGUCCUCAGUUGCGCUGUUCGAUGGCCAGGGUGCUGGAGCUCUAUUAUUGGCCACCGGAAACAAGAUCACCAAAGUGCCCCUGAUUGGCCCGGGCUGCAAUCAGUUGACAUCCUGCACUUCCUGUCUCCUGUCUUCGAGGGUGACUGAGUGCGGGUGGUGUGACGGCCGCUGCACGCGAGCCCACCAGUGCCUGUCCCCUUCCAUUUGGACGCAGGACUACUGUGCACCUGUUAUCACCAAAGUGUCUCCGUCAUCCGGGCCUCUCCGUGGCACCACAGCGGUGACCAUCCGCGGCCGUAACUUCGGCUUCGACAGGACAGAGCGCUUCAAGGCAGCGUUGGUUAGCGUGGAGCUGGCCGGCGCCCCCUGCAAACUCCCUAGACAGGACAACCUCAACAGUUGGACUGAGAUGCAGUGUUCCCCCGUCUUCACUGGGAACUUCACCCCGACUGGACAUGCAGUCAAGGUCACCAGUGGACACAAAAUUGCAAUCAUGGAGGGCGCCUUCACCUUUGUGAAUCCAGUGAUCGACAAAAUCUUCCCGACAUUUGGCCCAAAGUCCGGUGGCACUAUGCUGACCAUCAGGGGUUCCUUUCUGGACACUGGCAACAAAAAAGAAAUCACUGUGGGCACAGCCACCUGUGUCAUCCAGAGUCUUUCGUCGAACAUGCUGAUCUGCAAGACACCGCCUCACACAGUCCCGUCAGCACAACCCGUCAAGCUGAUGGUGGACUCUGUGGAGCGCCAUGCCCCCUCCCUGUUCACCUAUAACCAGGACCCCCUCAUCAAUAGCAUCCAGCCAUCACGCUCCUUUAUCAGUGGUGGCUGCACGCUGUCGGCUCACGGUUUCUUCCUACAGUCGGGCCUCCAGCCUGAGAUGGUCCUCACCACUGGACAGGAUGCUGUUGUCUUCCACGUGAGUUGUGUGUAUGGCGAGAACCGCACCUCCAUCCAGUGCACCACACCCUCCCUGGCCAAAUUGGCUCUGCCGCCGCCAGUGGUAACCAAAGUUGCUUUCAUUCUGGAUGGAUACCCCACUGACCAAUGGGAUCUGAUCUAUGUGGAGGACCCCCUUUUCCAAGACCCCAAACUUACGUCCAAGGACAAUAAGAGCGUUUUGGAGCUCAAGGGUGACCGCAUGGACCGGGAAGCCAUGAAGUGCCAGGUGCUGACAGUGUCUAACCGCAGCUGCGAGACCCUCACGCUGGUGGGCAACACGCUAGAAUGUACUGUGCCCAAUGAGCUACAGGCGGCCCCCGCCAAGGAGCUGCAGGUGGAGUGGCGGCAGGCUGACUCCAUCCGUCACCUUGGCAAGGUGACUUUGGCACAGGAACAGGACUAUACGGGCCUGGUGGUGGGCUGUGUGCUGGUCAGCCUGCUACUGUUGAUGCUGGCCUCGCUGCUCAUGUGGCGCAGAAACAAACGCAUUGAUGAUCUGUCUGAGGUGUGGUACGACAGCCGUGGUGAUAUCCAGCACCUGGACAGGCUUGCUAGCGCCAGGAGCGUCAGUCCCACUAAUGAAAUGGUGUCUCACGAGUCUGUGGAUUACAGAAGUACGCUGCUGGAGGACCAGGGCAUGGAGCGUCCAGAGACAUGCCGUGCGGCCCCUGUUCUGUACGGGUCAGGCAGAGAGCCACUGUCGCCCAGGCUGGGGGUACUGGCCCGCGGGUUGGGGAUGGAUGGCGAACUAGUGUCGCCACUUCUGAUGGCGCCCGUUCACAUUGACCUAUCCAGUCUGCAUCCAGAGUUGCUGAGAGAGGUCCAGCACGUGGUGAUUGUACGGGAAAGACUCCUGCUGCACCUCAACCAAGUCAUCGGCAGAGGUCACUUCGGAUGCGUCUUCCACGGAACUUUGCUAGAGCCAGAUGGCCAGAACCAACACUGUGCCAUCAAGUCUUUGAACCGCAUCACAGACUUGGACGAAGUGACCCAAUUCCUGAAGGAGGGCAUUAUUAUGAAGGACUUUAGCCACGCCAAUGUCCUGUCGCUGCUAGGCAUCUGCCUGCCACCCGAGGGCUCGCCACUCAUGGUUCUGCCCUACAUGAAGCACGGAGACCUGCGCAACUUCAUUCGCGACGAGGGCCACAACCCAACAGUGAAAGACCUGAUGGGCUUUGGACUCCAGGUUGCCAGAGGGAUGGAGUACCUCGCCAGCAAGAAGUUUGUCCACAGGGACCUUGCAGCCAGGAACUGCAUGUUGGACGAGAGCUACACAGUUAAGGUGGCUGACUUCGGGCUUGCGCGCGAUGUCUAUGACAAAGAGUACUACAGCGUCCACAACAAAAGUGGCGUCAAGCUGCCUGUCAAGUGGAUGGCACUGGAGAGUCUACAGACACACAAGUUCACCGCCAAGUCAGACGUGUGGUCAUUUGGUGUGUUGCUUUGGGAACUGAUGACCCGUGGGGCACCGCCUUAUUCUGAUGUCAACUCCUUUGACAUCACCGUGUUCCUCCUGCAGGGACGUCGUUUGCUACAGCCUGAGUUCUGCCCCGACGCCCUCUACACUGUGAUGGUGGAGUGCUGGCACCCGAAUCCAGAACGUCGCCCGUCCUUCUCCGACCUGGUGUCCAGCAUUGCUGCUAUUUUUUCCAGCUUCAGCGGCGAACACUACGUCCUGCUCAACACAACCUACGUCAACAUUGACAAGAUGAGCCCUUACCCGCCCCUGCUCACCACCACCGAUCCGGCAUCCACUUCCUCCUCUUCCUCUUCAUACUCCGAACCCUCAACCUCCCUAACGUCCCACCCGCUCCUUUUUUGCCAACCCGACCGGGACUGUUGUACCUGAGGAUUACGAGGGAAGAACUACUGUGUGUCCCAACACUGGACAGAGGACAAGCUCUUAAUGUACAUAGAUUGAUGUUAGUCUCAUGUUAUUGACUACCUGGACUUUUUGUAGGAGGAAGUCAUGAGCCUUUAAGGGGAAGUGUUGCUCCCUUGUUGUUAAUGUGAAUUGUGGUCAGUAAAAAAAAUGUUGCAGUUCCGUGACUUAUACGACACAAUUAUUAUAAAUUAAUAUUACAUAAACAUUUUGGACAAUUUAGCUUCUUUAAAAAAUCACUUCUGAAGCCCCUGGACAAUAUGGAAUUGGAGGCACAUACAUCUAUCGUAUAUAGACUCGCAAAAAUGUCUCAAGAGGCUAUGCCUGGAAAUAUGCAGGAAUCUGGGGUUCGAAGCAGGUACUUGAUGUCUCAUUACCAGGAAUCAUUUUUUAAAAAUGCUGCUUGUAGCUUGAUUUUGGCCAUUUUCAGAGGUCCUUAUAGAUGUCAUCUGAUUUCAACAAAAUGUGAAGCAUGUAUAUUGGUGGGUGAUAAAAUGAUUAUUUCAUGUGACUGGAGCACAACGGCAGUUCUGGCUUGCCGUUGGUUUGCUAGUACUGUACACCUGAGAAUAUUAUGACAUUUUAGCCCCCAAAGCCAGGUUCACUUGAAUACAGGCCUAUCAUGAGAAUAGCUACAAAAAUGUAAAAAAAAAAAAAAAAGAGGCCAUGAGCUUAAAAAGAUACACGAAGUGAUCCAUUUUGGUUUGAAACUGUCAUUUCCAGAGAUCCUUCAAUGACAAAAUCCUCCUCAAGAUUAUGUCUGGCUGCUGCCAGGUGUAUAGCACCUUUACUAAACCGAUGGAUAGAGCAUAGUUGCUUGCAUAGUGGCUUGUGAUUUUUUUUUUUUUUUUUUUUUUUUGUCAUUGCGUGCGGAUGAACCAUAUUGGCAAAUUUCUAGUCACGGCACUGCAUGUCUUUAGUAAUCGCAGAUUGGACAGGAAUGACGAAAUUAACACGCAGAAUUUAUUUGAUUACAGUAAUUGUAAUUUAUAAUAAAGCAUUUGUUGUUUUUUUGACCACAUCGACAGACUGAAUGUUUGCUCUGAGAAGAAAAUAUUUGUAUUAUAUUUGUGGCGGUGACACAAUAAUGACGAACUCACUGCCAUUUUGUAAAUAAAAACACGUCAAUUCAUGA